UCUUCCAGUUGGCUGAGCCUAGACUAAGAGGAGGCGUGGCUUCUCCUGGGGGCCCGCGGCUCGAUGUGCCUAUAUAUAGGGGGGCGGGUCUCAGCCUCCCGCCUUCCCCGUAGGAUCUGGACCGCUGCGGAGCUGGCUGCUGGCCUUUUAGGAGCCGCUCCGGAGCGGUCCGGAGCCGGAAGACAAUGAACGGGACGCGCAACUGGUGUACUCUGGUGGACCUGCACCCCGACGGGGAGAGCGCGGCAACUGGGAAGUCCUACACAAUGGUGUCUAGCAGAUCAGUUAGCCAUUCUCUGGCAUCAGAGCUGGUAGAGUCCAAUGAUGGGCACGAGGAAAUCAUCAAGGUUUACUUGAAGGGGAAAACUGGUGAUAAAGUGAUCCAUGAGAAGAAUAUCAAUCAGCUGAAGAGUGAGGUUCAGUACAUCCAAGAGGCUAGGAGCUGUUUGCAGAAGCUUCGGGAGGAUAUAAGCAACAAGCUUGAGAGAGACUCAAAGGACUUUCCUCAGCAACAGGAGAUUCAGGUGCUUUUGGAGGAGCCAAAUGGCUUUAGGGAGUCUUCCACUUCACUGUACAAGACUCCCUCUGAGACCCUGGUACAAGAUUAUCAAAAUGAAGACCCCAAGAGCUUGAAGGAAACCAUCCAGAGCCUGCAUGCUAAACUUCAGGAGGCUGAACAGCAGCACCAGUCAGAGAGGGCGCUUUUUGAGGCCACACUUAACCGGUACCAGAGAGAAGCUGAGAUGAGCAAUUCUGCCCUUCAGAGAGCGGAGAGCAACUUGGAGCAGAGAGAUGCGGAAAUUCUCAAGCUUCAGAGGUGCAUGUUGGGGAUGGAGAAGGAACAACAGAACUUACUGGAGAAGGUCAGCGAAGGGAAGACGGCCCUGGAAGAGCUUCGGACCCAGAGUGCUGACUGCCUUGCAGAACAGGAAAAGACUGCUCAGCUGGAGAAGGAAGUGGCUGGCCUUCGGGAGAAGAUCCAUCACCUGGACGACAUGCUGAAGAGUCAGCAGCGGAAAGUCAGGCAGAUGAUAGAGCAGCUUCAGAAUUCUAAAACCGUGAUUCAGUCAAAGGACACAACCAUCCAGGAGCUCAAAGAGAAGGUUGCCUACUUGGAGGCUGAGAAUUUAGAGAUGCAUGACCGAAUGGAGCACCUGAUAGAAAAGCAGAUCAGUCCUGGCAAUUUCAGUACCCAAACCCGAACCAAGAGUGACAGCCUGGGAAGUGUUAGGAUCUCCCGGCCUCCAAACCCUAAGCCCUUGCCUCUCAUCCGGGUGGUGGAAACCUGAACUGCAAACUGAAUAUUGCUACUUGCUACCUUUAUUGGCCUAAAGAGAAAACCCACCUCCCCUGUUGUAUCACAGACUUUUACUUCUAGACUGCUCCUUGGCUGCCCCCAGGGCCUCAUGUUUAUAUGCCUAAUUCUUGAGCUCCUUUCUUCUGUAUGCUGGGCAGACAGAGGAGGGAGGGGGCCUUCCUCUGGAGACCUGGAGCCCUUUGAAGGAAGUUAUCACAACAGAAACCCCUCUUUGCUGAGGCCAGGACAAGGGUGGAGCCAGGGGUGACACUCAUAAUACCACAGUUGUUGCUGAUCUUCGUUAAAGAGAUUUUUCCUCUGAAAGUGGGUGUUGAGCUGCCCUGGAAACCAGGGUUACACAGCAGGACUGGGAUGGGGUGCCCUGGCUCGCCUCAACCCUAACACACGGAGAAACAAACAUCCACUUGGACUGGCUAUCAUCCUGAGGGACUGAACCUCUUUCUUCCAGUGUUGCUCAGCUCCUAGCAGCACACAAUUUCCCCACUUCUCUGUCCCCCACAAACACUUAGUCCUCUUCCCAAGAUGGUGGAAUACCUACCAAGCUUGGGGGCUGUCUGGCUUCAAUGAGGAUGAGUCUUACCUUUGGUUAAGUCCAUUUUCCUGGGGAGGAGGGUGAGACAAAAAAAUCUACGGACACUGACAGCUAUGCCCUAGUCUUUGCUGCUUUUGUCUUCUACUACAAUUCCCAGAAACCCUUGGAGUGUUUUCGUUAGUUUGUUUUUCUUUUUUUUCUCCAUCAUUUAAACUCAGCCCAAGAAACACCCCAGUCUUCCUGGUCCUAGUGCCUGGAGGAAAGUUUUUCCACCAGAUUGCAUCAGUCCCAGAGAAGUAGCGGUGCCUUCUCCAAUAUUUAUUUUGCUAAGUUAUUGGUGUCUUUGGUUAUGUCUUGUGGUUGUUUUAAUACCAAAGUUCUGGAACCUACAUAUCGAGUUGCUUGAAAUUGGGAAAAGCAUUUUUGUGUGUCUUUCAUCUUUCUCCUAUGUCUGUGUUUUUCUCUCCCAUUUCCCCAUGCCUCAUUUGUAGACCAGGUAGGGAAUUGUAUGUGUGUUUAUAUACUCAGACUACAGGUGGGGGGAGUGGGCGGGAAAGGAAGUUUGUAUUGAUUGUACAGAAAAUUGAUGAGUAGAACUCUUUAGGAAAGGACUUGGUUCUUCCUUGAAUCUCCCCCCUCCCUGCUCCCCUUACCUCUCCCCAACCACUCAGAGUCCUUUGGGGUAUACUGUCUCUGAAUGAUCCCAUCUCCUCUUGGUCCCUGACUUAUAGCCUCAGGUGAUGGAGAUAAAACAUCAGAGGACUAGUAUUGUCCUGUAGAAAAAUAUUAACAGAAAGCAAAACUCUUAUUAAGUCACUUAGCUCUGCCUGGCUCAAAGGUAGUAGGCUUAAGUUUAUCUGUGUCUAUGUAGAGGAAGCCUGGGUACUAGGCCCAGCCCUGCCCAAAACUUGCUCCACCACUAUGGGCAAGUCGUUCCAUGCUCUAGUUAACUCAUCUAUAAAGUGAAGGGCCUGAACUAGCCUAUUUCCAAAGUCCCUCCUAGCUCUAAAAUGUAUUUCUGGCCUAUACUCUUUAUACGGUGAAUUGAAUAAAUUAUAUUAAUGUGC